CUUUACGUGGCCUUUCCCUGUCUUGAGAGGCAGGAAAGAAAUGAAUAGCCAGCAGAUCUACUACAUUUUUGAUCUCUGCAAAAGCCCUAAUAUCUCUCUCUCUCUCUCAUCACAAUGGCAAAGCAACACGCUAGAUGGUCACCUUACGAUAACAAUGGCGGGACUUGCGUUGCUAUCGCAGGUGCCGAUUACUGUGUGAUUGCGGCCGAUACUCGGAUGUCGACUGGUUACAGUAUUCUCUCUCGCGAUUACUCCAAGAUCUGUAAACUGGCAGACAAAUGUAUGAUGGCAUCCUCCGGUUUUCAGGCUGAUGUGAGAGCUCUACAAAAGGUUUUGGCAGCUAGGCACUUGAUCUAUCAGCAUCAACACAACAAGCAGAUGAGCUGUCCUGCAAUGGGUCAACUGCUCUCGAACACCCUUUACUACAAGCGCUUCUUUCCUUAUUAUGCUUUCAAUGUUCUCGGUGGCCUUGAUAAUGAAGGUAAGGGUUGUGUCUUCACAUAUGAUGCUGUUGGCUCCUAUGAGAGGGUUGGAUACAGUUCCCAAGGUUCUGGGUCUACACUCAUCAUGCCUUUUUUGGACAACCAGCUGAAGUCUCCAAGCCCUCUCUUGUUACCUGCCCAGGAUGCUGUUACGCCGCUGUCAGAGUCUGAAGCAGUUGAUUUGGUGAAGACUUGUUUUGCAUCUGCGACAGAGAGGGAUAUAUGCACUGGGGACAGGCUGGAAAUUGUCAUUUUAAAUGCUGAUGGUGUUCGUCGUGAGGAGAUGGAACUUAGAAAAGAUUAGUGCUUGUUUUGUCUUAUUUGUUUUUUCUGAUAAGUAAUUAAGGCUUAUUUUGUUGUGUAUUCGUUUUCUGGAAAAUGUUUGAAGUGUUCUCGUUAACAAUUCUGAAGACAGAUAAAAAUGGUGAUGAUAUUUUCAUAAUUGUUUUUCGUUCAUUUUGUUUUUUGGGAAGUAAGAUGUAAGAUUAUGUUUGAACUUUCUUAUGAAAUCUGAAAUAGUCAUUUUUAUUAGAAA